AUGAAUACAAGCGCGAGAAAUCUCCGGCGUAUGCUCGAAGACCCAAAUGGCUUCGUUAUGGCACCAGGCGUCUAUGACGGUCUGUCGGCGCGAAUGGCCCUAGCUGCAGGAUUCGAAGCAUUGUACAUGACAGGAGCAGGAACCGCAGCUUCCGUACACGGCCAAGCAGAUUUAGGUAUUUGCACACUGAACGACAUGCGCAACAAUGCCGAGAUGCUAGCAAACCUCUCACCAUCAACACCGCUGAUAGCCGACGCGGAUACUGGCUACGGAGGGCCCAUCAUGGUUGCCCGUACGACGGAGCAGUACGCAAGGUCCGGCGUUGCGGGAUUCCACAUUGAGGACCAAGUUCAAACCAAGCGGUGUGGCCACCUCUCUGGGAAGUUGCUAGUGGACACAGACACUUACACAAGCCGUAUCCGGGCUGCAGUACAAGCCCGCCAGCGGAUGGGUAGCGACAUUGUGGUGAUUGCCCGGACAGACUCGUUGCAGUCCCUCGGGUAUGAAGAGAGUGUAGCCCGUUUGAAAGCAGCCAGAGACGCUGGUGCCGAUGUGGGUUUCCUUGAAGGAAUCUCAUCUCGCGAGAUGGCGCGACAGGCUGUGCAGGAUCUUGCCCCAUGGCCUUUGGUUUUGAAUAUGGUCGAGCAUGGGUCCACGCCGUCCAUUUCUGCUGCCGAGGCUCGAGAGAUUGGAUUCCGUAUUAUCAUUUACCCUUUCGCCACAAUUGGCCCCGCGCUGACAGCUAUGCGAGAGGGACUGGAGAAGUUGAAGAAGUUGGGAUUGCCUGACUUACCUAAGGAGUUGACUCCGCAGAUGUUGUUCCGGGUUUGUGGGUUGGAUGAGAGCGUUAAACUUGAUGCAGAGGCUGGCGGCGUCUCAUUUGAUAGCGGCGUGGAUCUGAAGAAGUGA